AUGAGUGUGUCUGUGUUGUGGGGGAGGGAUGCUCUAGUUGUGAUCAAAGCUGGACCUUUUCAGAGAAGGUCUCGAAUCCUGAAGACAGACUUCGAGAAUCUUCAGCAGAGCCUGAUUGGAGGGGAGGAGGAGGUGGGGGUGGAGAAAGCUCAGCCCGGGGCCUCCCAGCCGGAUGGGGGCUGCUCCGGCCUAGCGCACGCAGCUGCCUCGGCGAAGGGUUACGCCGGCCCCCGGAGCCCGGGUCGGCCCCGCGGGCGGCGGAGAGGAAGGGCUGCCGGGGGCGCCGCCGCGGCGGUGGCGAGUGCGUGGGGGAAGGGGCCCUUACUCACCCGGGCCGGCCGCCUCCGCCUCCGCCGCCCCGGCCGCCGCCUCGGCGGUCCAUCCCUGCGGCGGGGGCCUGCAGCCGCGGCGCUCGAGUCACAACCGCCGGCUGGGCCAGCCCCUCCCCCCCUGCCCAACGUCUGUCCUCAGGGCCGCUCCUCAGACCCGGCCUCGGCCGCUGCCGCUGCCGCCGCAGCGCUACGUGGCCGCCGCUCCGACGUCUCGCGACUCCCUUCCCAGCGCGCGAGGGCGAGCGGGGCCGGCGGGGCGGGCAGCGCGGGGCGGGCGGCAGGGGAGGGGGUGUGCGUGUGUGGAUGUGUGUGCCGGAGGGGGCAGGGAGGGAGGCGAGCGGCGGCGAGGACGCGCGCGCCCGCGCGCGCCCGCGGCCCCUUCCCUCGCUGGCCCCCCCCGCCCAACAGGGAUCCCGACACCUCCCUCCGCCCGCCCCCUCGGCAUCCCGGCCGCUGGGAGCGGCGGCGCGCAUGCGCAGCCCUCGGGCCGGCCCGGGCGCACCUUUUCUGUCUCCUGCCACAUUGUGAGCGCUCCGCCGCCCAGAUAACCGCCGGCUCCCCGCGCCGCCCCCGCCUUCUCCCACUCCGCCCACUGCCGGGAGCCCAGGGGAUGAUGCAGCAAGAAGACCCACACCAGAUGAGGGCACCUUGAUAUUGGAUUUCCCAGCCUCCAGAAUGACAGAGUCUUGCUCUGUCACUCGGGCUGGAGUACAGUGACACAAUCACGGUUCACUGCAGCCUGGACCUCCCAGGCUCAAGUGAUCCCCCUGCUGCAGCCUCCUGAGUAGCUGGGACUACAGGCCUGUGCCACCAUGUCCAGGUCCGGUCCACUGCUAGGAGAUCCAUAUCUGCUCUUUGGGAGUUCUCCAGAGGAAAAAAUCAACAGGCGGGAGAAAGAUACUCUGCUAGCUUCAGAUUCAUUAGUACUAGGAAAUGGAGAGAUAGGAGGUAUAAUGUAUUAGGGAAGCAAGGGAUUCAGAACCAGGUGCCCACUGACUCUGAGAAGCACUGGGUGCACAGAGGGUAGCAGACAAGCAAGAGGGUGGAAUUUGCAGCAUCUCAUCUUGGUGAGACAGUUGGAAGACUUUUCUGCCAAUUAUAGUGGUUAAACACUGACUCAACAUCAAACAACGGCAUGAGGGGUCAGAGCCUUCAUUCGUGGACAAGUUUCAAAAACAUGGGAGCACCACCUGUCAUGAGCAAUUUAGUCAGAACAGAAGAGAAUAGAUCACACCCAACAAGACAGAAAAAGCUGCUUUCUGGAGAGGGCGGGAGCUAAUAUUUCCUAACACGGUGAAAUUGUGAAGUGCCUUUUGCAGCCCUUCAUAAUUUCAUCAUCCAAAGGGUUUGCUUUUGGAAUUCUUAGACACUUAAUUCUGUCCCUGCUUUCCGUGUCACUUCCACGGGACACUGAAUUUGGGAAGAGGUAGACCUCACCAAUGAUGGGAAGAACAGAUUGGGGGCUGGCGCCCUUUUGGGUUUGCCAUGUGAACAUCCUCCUGGAACAGUCUCCAUUCUGUCCCAGCAAGACACACUCUGCUCUGUGAAGAACCCAGGUGGGAAAAAAAAAAAAUCUAUGAGGCCACAGUGGAAAUGCAGCUCAGCAGGACUCUCAGGGACCCCAAAAUUGUCCCAUCUGACAACUCACCACAUUCUAUUUUGUUAUUUAUUUAUUUAUUUAUUUAUUUUGAGAUGGAGUCUCACUGUGUCGCCCAGGCUGGAGUGUAGUGGCGUGAUCUAGGCUCACCGCAGCCUACACCUCCCAGAUUCAAGCGAUUCUCCUGCCUCAGCCUCCCAUGUAGCUGAGACUACAGGCAUGCGCCACCACACCCAGCUAAUUUUUGUAUUUUUAGUAGAGAUGGGGUUUCGCCAUGUUGCCCAGGCUGGUCUCAAACUUCUGACCUCAGGUGAUCCACCCCCGCCCCUCGGCCUCCCAAAGUUCUGGGAUUACAGUCAUGAGACACUGCACCUGGCCAACACAUUCUGUUUUCAUCAUUAGUGCCUGUCCUCCCUGCUAGCUCAUGGGCUCUCCCAGAGCAGGCAUGUUUGCCCUAGUCACCAUCAAAACUGCCCCAGUACCUGUCACGGUGCCUGGCACAUAGCAGUUAUUCAGUAAAUGUUUGUUGAAUAAAUCAACUAUAAACAUCAAAAUGA